CUUCGACCCAUCUUGCACUUCCUGGUGCCAUUAAAGCUCGCAGUUAUUACUUUCGUAUUGCGUUUCUCUGGCAAUGCUUCUUUCUAUACACGAACUCAUCCCUUGAACAUGUCGUUGGACCAUGCUAAGUGGGAGCUCCCUGGAGACAGCCCAAGCCAACAAGUGCCAUUAGUACUCCUCCUAGCUGCGGCUUUUCUCGGGCUUCUUUCAGGCGUGUAUACCCACGCGUAUGUCUUCGCAACACUGAUGGCGACUCAAACACCCAAUCCUAGAUUGAAUUCAUCACUCUCACGCCAGCAUUUCAGGGUCCUUUCUAUCUUCGUCUACCAUCGGCUGGCCAAGAUCUAUGUGAUUUCUAUGUUUCCUAUGAAGGACUUUAGUCCACUGAAGUACGGUUUUCUCAACUUAACAGUCGGAUUGCUACUUUCAUACCUGAAAGUAGCCAAUGUGCUCACAAUUCUGCGUCAACAUACGAAAACCCUUCCUUACUCACGUCGCACUCCAACGUGCUCAAUGUGGUCGAAGGCCUUCACUUCAAUUUUACUGUAUAGUACUGCCUCAUAUAUAUGCUUUUAUCUGCCUACCUACUUGAUCUAUUUGGCUGGUACUUGGGGUGAGGGGUUGGAGGUGUCAGAAAUGGUGCAGUUCAUCAGUCUUCUGGCCACUAUCAUGUUGAUUUUUUUGGGGAUGGUAGUCCCGACAUAUGCAAUUUUUAUUCGAGUCACUGCCUCUGCGCAAAAGGGCGCUUGGCAAGGGUUCCAGUGGUCAUCUAAGGUACACUUUUUCAAAUUACUUGGCGAGGUUCUAUUCCUGGGAGCAGGUGUCACCGUCGUUAUGGUUGUGUCUGUUCUUGCUUUGUGUCAUCCUACUGUGCAUGAUGAUGUUUUUCAGCUUUUUGUUGGAUACUUUGGGUAG